AUCAGUCCAGAGCCAGGCCACCCCGGGGCGGAGCUGCACCGCUGCACUGCUGCUACUUUCCGGACGCUUUCGGAUACUCGCCUCAGUCGUGCUGUCCUGUUUGGCUCGUUGAGAGAGAGCAGCCAGAAGAGACGAGAAGAAGAAGAAGUAAAGAAGAGCACCUCUGUGAUUGUUCAUCAUGGGAGCAGAGAGCUCAGUGCAGCGGGACGGGAAGAGCCAGGAGGAUGCGUCAGCCUCAGCUUCAGCUUCAGCCUCCGCCGGGGAGCUCCAGGAGGGCAGCAGCGUCCUCGACACCAAGCCUUUGCAGAAGAACGGCCAAAUCUCCAGCAUGACCAGCCUGAACGGACGCUCGGAGGACAACACGCUGGCAGAAGUUGGCCAGCCAGAUGGUGUGUCUGUGGCUCCCAAGGAGGAGGCUCCUGAGACCAUGGACCCUGUCCAGGACGAAGUGGCUCCUCAAGUGAAUGGCGAGAAGGUGGAUAAAGAGUCGCCUGACGCAAAUGACAUUUCUGCUAUUGAGGAAAAGGCAGCGGAGGAAAAGCCUGACGAUGCCAGUGAAGUGGGCUUUAAGAAGAUCUUCCGCUUUGUGGGUUUUAAGUUCACACUCAAGAAGGAUAAAACUGAGGAGAAGGACCCUGUGAAGCUACUGACAGUCAAAGACAAAGAAGGAGAGGAGGUCAGUGGGACUGACGAGCCUGCAAAGGAGGAGGAGGUUGCUGCUGCUGCUGAAGAAAAGACGGCUGACAACGAGGCAUCAGCUGUUGAGGUCAGUAAAGAUGCUGACAAAGCUGAAGUCAGUGAUGCUCCACCUGAAGCUACUGAGGAGGCCACAGAGGAAGGAGCUGUGAAGGAAGGUGAGACCAGUCCAGCAUCUCAGGACACCACUGUAUCCCCCUUCAGGAAGCUCUUCAGUGGAGGACUCUUCUCAAAUCUGCGAAAGAAAUCCAGCAUCAAGAAGACGAAAGAGGAAGAAGACAAGGAGGCUGCUGAGGAGGAGAAAGCUAAGACGGAGGAAAGUGCUACUGCUGUGGAAGAGAAAGCUCCAACUGAGCAGGAAGUCAAGGAGGAAGUAUUAGAGACUCCUGUGCCCAAGAAGAAGGACCCAGCAACUCCAGAGGAAGCAACACCAGAGGCCACUCCAGAGCCCAAGAGCACCGUUAAAACCCCGGAAGACAUCACUGAUGACACCAAACAAGAAGACCAAACAGCAGAGGCUCCUGCAGAAGAGGACAAGGCUCCAGCCGAGGUGACUUCUGAGGCAGAGCUGCUGUCAUCACAGGAGAAGACGAAGCCCCAGGGAAGCCCCCUGAAGAAGAUCUUCACCGGAGCUGGUUUAAAGAAGCUCUCAACCAAGAAACAGAAGGGCAAGAAAGACACUGAAUCAAAGCCCGCUGAGUCUGGAGAGCAGGCAGCUGAGCAGCUCCAAUCAUCCACAGAGGUAGCAGAGGCCCCUAAAGCUGACAGUGGGCCCUCGUCUCCAGAGGAGUCCGGAGAGCAUACUAUCGCCGUGGAGGUGACCCAGAAUGAGUCUAGUCAAGAGCAUGAAGGUGAAGUUGCAUCUGAUGGAGAGAAGAAGAAGGAUGGCAUCAUUGCCUGGUCCUCCUUCAAGAAACUGGUAACGCCCAAGAAACGUGUAAAAAGACCUUCUGAGAGUGAAGAUGAAGCCACAGUGGAGAAACCAGCCAAGUCAGCCACCUUGUCCUCCUCUGAGAGUACUGCAUUAGCAGAUAAGAGUGUUGAGGAGGAGGACAAGGAGGACAAGCCCUGUGAGGAAGAGCCAAAGACGGAAAAUACUGAGAAUCUAGCCAGCAGCACAGAGGAACCCAAAAAGAAAAUGGACACUUCUGUUUCCUGGGAGGCUUUAAUGUGUAUGGGUGGGCCCAAAAAGAGGACGAGGAAGACCUCUGACUCUGAUGAUGAGGAGACCAAGAUUGAAGAGGAAGUUCCAGGAGCAGCAGCAGAGGUCCAACAGGAGGGCAAACCCGAAGCUGCCAUUGUCACUUCCCAAAAUACAGAGAGUGAAGGAGAAGGUGUUUCUUCACCUGAACCUUUAACCAGCCCCCCUGAGAAACCGUCCGCCUGGGACACACUGAAACGUAUUGUUAUGUCCAAGAACCGGGCCAAGCCAGAGGCUGAGGAGCCUGCAGAACAAGUCCUGUCAGACGGUGAAGCAUCCAAAGAUGAGUCAUUGUUCUCUCUGAGGAAACUCUUCCCUGGACGCAAGAAGAAGAAGGUUGAGAAACAAUCCUCCUCUGAACUGGGCUCAGGUGAGGAGGACUCUGACACCCCAGCUGUGGUUCCGCUCUCAGAGUAUGACGAACAGGUUGAAACUGAAGAAGACGCAGCAGCGCAGCCAGCUACCAUCCAGAUUAAAGUGUCUGCUGCUGAAGACAGAUCCCCUUCUUGGAUCCCAGCAAUUGUUGAAGAUACUGAUGCUGAUGAUAAACAAGAUCAGCUGAGCGACAUCCCAGAAGAGGCAGAGAACGCUGCCACACCAAAGUCUGUUGACUCUGACCUUACAGAGGCUGAGGAUAAGGCUGCCCUGCUCAGGGUUCGAGGGCGUGCAGGACGCAGACUGUCCACCGCUGAAGUGAAGCCCGUUCCUCAGGCUCCAGCUGCAGCAACCACACCUGUUGCUCAGGGACCCACUUCAGAAAGCGCAGCAGAGAUUGUGCAGAGCAUCGAGGCCCAAGUCAGUGAAAUUCCAACCCAGACGUCUGUGACUGUAGAAGAUGUACCUAUGGAGGCAGCUUCUGAACAAAUCGAGCAAGAAAUACCAACUGAGACUGCUACAUCUGUGACAAAUACUCUUCUGGAGCCACAUAGUCGUGAGGAGGCCAUGGCUAUCUGCACUGGCCUUGGCACCAAGGAAAUUGCCAGAGUGGGUCUGGAGGAGCCUGUGCAGCCCAUCGUGGAGUCCAUGGCUGUGAUCUGUGAUCCUCUGAGCACAGAAAUGCUGGUGAAGGAGCAGCCACCCAUAUCAGAGGAAGCAACUGUUGCAGAAGACGAAGUGCUCGUGGCCCAAAUACACCAAGUAGACACCACGGAGCUCGAGCCAGCUGUUGAAAAUUCAGAGGGUUUAGUCACAGAGAUUGAAGUGGCCAGUGAGAGCUGUGAACCUGAGAUUGAGCUGGUUGGAGCUGUCAGCCGUGUUGAUGUCAAUGUGGAAAACACCCCUGUGACAGAGGUAGCGCAGUCUGUGACGUCCACCUCAUGUGAAUCCACACAGAGCACCGUGACAUACGAGACCGAACCAGCCAUCCCCGUCAACGCUCAGACCGAGGAGAUUCCUGUUAUCACGGAAACAAUGGUGCUCGUCGCCCCGCUCAACGUGGAGUCUGACCAAGUGGCCACAUCAGACCCGAUGGUCAUGGAAAACGCAUCAGUGUCAGAAACGGUCGGUCUUGAACCAAUCACGGUGCAGGAAACUGAGACGAUGAGUGCUGUUGCAAAGAUAGUGGAGGCCACGCCCAUCCCACCAGCAGGGAUCAGUGCACUGAUUGAGCACGCCAGCGAGAAGAUCGAAGGUGUCAAGGAGGAAGUCAAGGAGGAAGUCAAGGAGGAAGUCAAGGAGGAAGUCAAGGAGGAAGUCAAGGAGGAGGUCAAGGAGGAAGUCAAGGAGGAAGUCAAGGAGGAGGUCAAGGAGGAGGUCAAGGAGGUCAAGCAGGACAGUGAAAUUGAAGCCCAGAGCAAGGUCAUUGCCCAGGCUGUCAUUCAGGAUGCCGUAGAGAAAGUAUCAGAAGAUGUGUCUGAACACAAAAAGUCUCCCAAGCUAACAGCUCUCAUUCCCAGACCAGUCAAGGCAGUGGCAGCAACAGAGAAAGAGAUUGAGAUUGAAACCGAAACCCCUGUUGUCACCGAUACCCCUGUCGCUAUUGCCUGUGAAAAACCAUCAGAAACAUCUGCUCAGCCCCUCUGUCUUGCCAUGGAGGUCACCGACACCAUCGCUAUAGAGGUCACAGAGAGCCUUGGAGAGAAGGAGGAGGAGGAGGAACCAGCUGAAGGCUUAAAGAAAGCUGUGGAGGUAGAAGCAAGUGAAGAAACUGUCAUAGUGGAAGAGGUGGAGGAGAUAAAGGAAGAGAGUGAGGCAGGUGAAGAGCUUGAUCAGAUCAAGGAGGAACAGAGCAAUGAAGACGAGCAGCCAGAGGUCCAAGCAGCAGCAGCCGAGGAAGCCGAGGAGUCAGAGGAAACCAAGCCAGAGGCUCCUUCAGAGGAGAGCAAAGAGAAAGUGCUGGCGAUCCACAUGCCGGUCCAGGUGGUCCUGCGGACAGCAGAGGUGGUUGAGGAGCCGUCGUUUGAAGAAGAGGCUGCAGAAGAGUUUGGCGACAACAGUCUUACGCCCAAAGACACCAGCGUACCAGCUAAGAGCCCCGUGAAAGGAAGCAAACUCCCCGUGUUGUCAGAAGAACCUCAAGCGACGGGUUUGACGGAGGAAACGACAGAGACGGAGCAGACACCAUCACUGAAGUGUGCAGAAGUGAUGGCGCAGGUGAUGGAGGUGAUCGAGGAGGCUGUGAAGGAGAUCGAGCCUGUGUCCUCAGAGCUCACCGCCACGUCAUGAGACGGUGAGACUAAUCCUGCAGUCCACGCUGAAGCUGCAGGACUGAUGCCUGGGAGACGGACUGUCUGGACCAGGACCUGAGUGAUGAGGGAGAGAGAGACCCAAAGAGGUUCUGCUCUGUGGUAACUCGCUGAGACUGGGCCUCACCCAUCCGCCCAGAGAGACUGACUGACUGAGCUGCAGCUCCGCCAUUCUCUCCAGCUCCCGUCCCACCUCUGCUUCACCCCCCAUCCUACAGCCUCUACCUGAACACCUCACCACCUCACCCACCUACCACCUCACCACCUCACCCACCUACCACCUCACCCACCUACCACCUCACCCACCCACCCACCCACCCACACACCCACUCACUCUCACAAACACACACUCAUUGCAUGUCCUGUGCCUCACAAGCAUCCAUCUGGCUCACACUCACUGCACCGUGUGUUCAGGGUGUCACGUUCCCUCGCUGUGUAGGAUGAGAACCUGGUUGAGUGUGUAUCUGUGCAUAUGUGUGUGUGCGUGCACGUGCAUGUGUGUUAUUUUUUGUGUAUAGUAGCUCGAGUAAGAUGGCGUGAGAAGGUGAAGCGAUGGAGGAUUAUCUUGUAUAUUGUAUUUAUAUCUUGAGUAUUCUUGCAUUGACCCAUAAGUCUUUAUUUUUUCUUUUUUUGACCCUUUUUUGUUGUUGUAUGAACAUUGUUACCUGUUUUUUUUUAAAUCCCCAUAUUAAGCUGUGAUAUAUCAGGUAUUUUAUUCUGACAGUCGGUUUUAGGAUUGAUAGAACCAAACAUCCACUAAGUCGUAUCAGGACACUGAGAACAGUUGCAUAAAGUGCUUUUUGUAUCACAGCUUUAAACUGUCAUAUUCUACGAUUACUUCAACGUUCUGUAGCGACUACAGCUAAGCCAUGGUACAGGUGUUACUCCACCCACAGAAACCAACACGAGGGCAGAUCGUCAUAAACGUGCCACAUUCUGACUUUUGAUACGUUUUCUUCAUUGUGCACCCAAACAGAACUCUGAAUAAGCUUCAUGUAGGUAAGAGACACAAUCACUGCCUGAUUUACUGUGAAAAAGAUGUUGUUACGCAUUAGUCCAUGUAAGAAUACAAUAAAAUACCAUCAGUGGAACAUGUGGCAGAGGUUUCUGGUAAACUUGCAAACAACACAGAUGCAGCUGUUGCUCACAUCAUGGUCACGUGUCUAACGGCCGCUUUCUCUGAUUACUGUGUGAAAUAUGUUGUUGUGAUGUGAAGCAGUUGAACACUUUCUUUACUGCGCUCUGUUUACAUUUGCUGAUGUAAAGAAAGUAUGUUGAUGCCCUCUACUGCUCACAGGAGGUAGUGCACCCUGUAGUCUUCAUCAUUGCUGUCCUUUUGACUUCAUGUAUGUGUUUUAACACGGUUGAUAACGUAUGACAUGAUCUCUGUCCGGUUCAGCCUGAAGCUAGACCUGCACUACGGCGUGUUGCUCACUAAGCGUGUUCGCUCGGGUCACCGGACCGGCACCAGGGAGGACGUAGACUGAGUGGUUUAAAGAGGCACAGACGCCAUCCGCAUGGUACCAGAAAUAUAAACAAAAGCUCAUUUUAUGCUUUAUUUAAAAGCCAAAUCGAGUUAGGAUAAAUCAGGGAGUCAUGGUCUUUCCAUCGCUCACGGGAUGAGACAUCAGUUGCAUCCAAUUAGGUUUCCAAAGCAUCUCCUCAGCUGCUGUGGUUCAGGCAUCAGACCUCGGCUGUAAAGUCAGGCCUCACUGUGCUCAUUGGUUUUAGAAAUACCUGAGACACUCCCAUUACCCACGUUUACCACCAAAGUCAUCAUGUUGCCAUGGGUUAUACUGGUAUUUGUUUUAAUUCCUACCAACUUUUAACAGAUUGCACCAUUUCAUAUCCUCUGAACAUCCUGUGAGCUUCUCCAGUCCACUGGAUUUAUGUUCUGUGGCUGAUAGUCACAUUUCACUCAGCUUUAUGACCAAACGAGUCGGAAUCAGGAAGUCUGAAACCUUAAUUAGGUCGCCACUUCACUUUACUUUGACUCCACGGGGUGUGACACAUCCACCAUAUAUCUGCUUUAUGUAAAAUAAAUGAUCACAAGCCGACAGUGAACUAAAGACUUGCUAUCGCUGCAUCAUGUGAAGCGUUCAGGAGCACCUCCCACCUCCAGUCCUCCCUGCUUUUGUAACACUCAACUGUGAACCUGUUAACAUUUGUACAGAUUGUAUACCUACUGUAUGUACCUAAAGCAUAUUGUUGUAAUAUUAACUAAUAACCUGCAUCCAUCUAGCAUAAUAUUCAUGUAGCAUGGUCUUAAUUGUCUUUUAUAUUUUCCAAGCUGUUAAUAGUAAGGAUUCAGAAACCUGUCUAUAUUUCAUUCAAUAAAGUUAGAGAAAACCGG